CUUCCAAAUGUUUGUUCCGUCUCAUCGUCCCACUGAGCGAAGCUUGUGAUUUAUAAAUGGGGUUUGAGCUCUCAUUUUCGAGACAAUUUUUUAUAUUAUACAUUCGGAUGGUUACCAACUAGAGGAUACAUCUUUUAGUGAUCAAAACGAAUACUUCCUCUUUUCUUAUUCGGCCUUAACCAUGAACGGGUUCGCCGGCGCACAUGAAUCGCACGACGCAAAUGCAGAUCAACAUAGUCAGUACGAUGACCAUUAUUCAAGCACAAGUGACGAUGACAACGAUGCAGUUGAGGUCACUUUUGACCCGGCGAGUCCUUACCGACGGAAAAGUUCUUUAAUAUAUAGCGAAGCAAAUGCCCCAAAAAUUGCAGGGUACAAAUCAAAGGCGGCAGCCAGUCAAUGUUUAGUUCAUCAAUUUCUUGAAGGGUAUAGAAACGAAAAGCGUAAAAGCACCGAUCUAGAGCAUGUUGGUCAGAUGCAUGAAGACGUCGCUGAUGAAGUUGGCCUUGAUCAUUUCGUUGAGCCUAAGGGUACAGCGGCUAGUCCACAGCUAAAUGGAACGUCCAGAGACCUAGAUAGCGAUGCCAGCACGGAGACGGGGCAACCCGACCAAGAAUCGUGGCGGAAAUCCAGACUUAACUUAGAUCAUAACGAAGGCCUCAACAGCCGGUUACUUACAAAGAAACAAUUGACUGAUAUGGCCUGGGGAGUCCGGGAACUGAGCCGGAGACUAGGAAGCAUACGGCUUAAGUUCAAAGUCAGAAGCGUCUUCCUCCUAACAAAAGCUUAUGACCGCGAAUUGAUACCAAAAACGAGAUUAGUAGCGAAAUGGCUACUUAGUAAAGCAAGAGACGUCCGGUAUAUCGUCUACGUGGAAGAGAGCUUAAAAAGUAACGAUGAAUUCGAUGCGCCUGGGUUGCUGCAAGAGCUGGGCCAAGAGUACUGCGAUUCUGACGUUCAUGCCGCGAAGAAAUCGUUGGAAAAUCGAUUACGCUUCUGGAACGAGAAAAUGUGCCGCAAGCGCCCGCACACGUUCGACUUCGUCAUCACCCUCGGAGGCGACGGGACGGUCCUUUAUGCCAGCUGGUUAUUCCAGCGGAUAGUACCCCCCGUUCUCAGUUUUUCGCUAGGCAGCCUCGGAUUUCUCACGAAAUUCGAAUUCAGCGAGUACGAAGAAAUCCUGUCCACGGCUUUCAGGGAAGGCGUAACCGUGAGCCUACGCCUGCGAUUCGAAGGGACGGUCAUGCGAAGCCAAAAGAAGACAAACCAGCUAACGCAGAACGAAUACGUGGACGAGCAAGGGACGCAUCGCAAACGCGAUUUGAUAGAGGAGCUCAUCGGCGAAGAGCAGGACGACGAGCGCACGCACAAGCCCGACGGAACCUACGAGAUCCUCAACGAGAUCGUGGUAGACCGGGGUCCGAACCCAACAAUGUCGUCGACGGAGAUCUUCGGCGACGACGAGCACUUCACGUCGGUGCUGGCGGACGGCGUGUGCGUGUCGACGCCGACGGGGUCGACGGCGUACAACCUGGCGGCGGGCGGGUCGCUGUGCCACCCGGACAACCCGGUGAUGCUGGUGACGUCGAUCUGCGCGCACACGCUGUCCUUCCGGCCCAUCAUCCUGCCCGACACGAUCGUGCUGCGCAUCGGCGUGCCCUACGACGCGCGCACCGGCAGCUGGGCCAGCUUCGACGGCCGCGAGCGCGUCGAGCUCGGGCCCGGCGACUACGUCACCGUCAGCGCGAGCCGGUUCCCGUUCGCGAGCGUCCAGCCCCAGGGCCGGAGGGGCGAGGACUGGGUCAAGAGUAUUAGUGCCAAGUUGGGCUGGAACACGCGCCAGAGGCAGAAGAAUGAUGGGUAUAAUCAGUGGAAUAAGUAAAGUGGAAAAGGGUUAGAUGGAUGGGUAGGUAAAUAUAUGGAUGGUUUUAUAGGGAAAGGAAAAGAAGCUUGGAGUUAUGGAGUGUGGAAAAUGGGUUAGCAAUGGGUGGCUUUUGGGUGGUACGACUAGAUGGGAGGUUUAGAAUAUUGUGGGAGAUAGGUAUCGCACGCCGUGGAGCCAGGUAUCGGGUAUUAAGUCGGCCGCGGUUGAGGCGUAAGGUAUUAUACUGUCUUACCUACCACCUAGGUACUCGAGGGAGGUAGAUAUCUACGAUGAAGAGCUAUGUGUAUAACAGCUUUCGGUAUUGAGAAGAUGAGAUCUCAACUAUAACUUAUUGAGGUGAA